AUGGAUCCUGGGUGGCAGCCUUACCAAGAUCCUUUGAUGAGCCACCCUGCGCAGUUCAAUACUGCGUUGGCAUCUCAUCCCCAGCAGCUAGCCUCGAAAUACGGUCAGCCACCACAGUCACAGCCGCCCGCCGGAUACACGUACGAGACAUUCCAGACUCCCGGCACGACAUCUAAAGCCCCUUCGACCGGUUCAAAUUCCAAAACCGUCUCCAUGGCUUCCUCCCCCACCGCCACACCACGUACUCGGGAUUAUGUCACCGAUGCGGAUACUACCAUGGAGGACGCUGACCCGUACAACCGGGCGAAGUACCCCUCGAGGCCAAACCACAAUCGCGCCUCGUCACAAUUCUUGAAUCAGGCAGAAGAAUCAUCGGCUGCCCGCAGAUACUCUCCGGGGCAUGUUCUUUCGCCGCCGAUGUCAUAUCCCACCAGUCCUGGGAAGUCCCAAGGCUCCUAUGGAUUCCCAUCCGGUCCCCAAAGUGCUUCCCGCCGGUCCCCUGCGAAACCAGAAUAUGCAUCACCACCACAAGGAUAUCAAUCGCCGCCAUCCAACCGGGCCCCUAGACUUCCUCCCCUUCAAUCCGGCGACCUCAGCCCAGACCAGUACUACCCACCAUCCGCAUCUUCACACAUGAGUCCAGGCUUUGGUCCAGGGUCGCGAUCACCGCGAUCCGGCUCGCUGCCAUCUCAGGCCCCUCCAGCGCCCGGUCGCGGUCCUGUGCCCAAGUUCCAAAAGAUCCAGUCUGUGCAGGAACUGAAGCCGCGCAUGAAUCCGCUUCAAUCGUUGACAACCCACCUCCCGGCCACGUACCGGAUAUGCAACCCUGGCUUCAACUAUGAGUCUUCGAGAAACCCACGACGAGUAUUGACCAAGCCCAGCAAAGGAGUUAAGAAUGACGGGUAUGACAAUGAGGAUAGCGAUUACAUCCUUUAUGUCAAUGAUAUCCUUGGAAGCGAGGAAGCCGGUCACAAAAAUAGAUACCUCAUUCUCGAUGUUCUAGGUCAGGGUACCUUCGGCCAAGUCGUGAAAUGCCAAAACUUGAAAACGGGAGAAGUGGUGGCUGUCAAAGUUAUCAAGAACAAGACUGCUUACUUCAACCAGAGUAUGAUGGAAGUUUCUGUGUUGGAUCUGCUCAACAGCAAAUAUGACAAGAACGAUGACCACCAUCUGCUUCGUCUCAAGGACACAUUCAUCCACCGUCAGCAUUUGUGUCUCGCAUUUGAAUUGCUCAGUGUCAACCUUUAUGAGUUGAUCAAACAAAAUCAAUUCCGUGGAUUGAGCACUACCCUUGUCCGGGUGUUUGCCCAGCAAUUGCUAAAUGCCUUGAGCUUGUUGAACAAAGCGCAUCUGAUUCACUGUGAUCUGAAGCCAGAGAAUAUUCUCCUGAAAAACCUCGAGAGCCCGAUUAUCAAGGUCAUCGACUUUGGCUCUGCAUGCGAUGAACGCCAGACUGUCUACACUUAUAUUCAAUCGCGAUUUUACCGAUCUCCAGAAGUCCUAUUGGGUUUGCCGUACUCAUCUGCCAUUGACAUGUGGUCUCUUGGGUGUAUCGUGGUGGAACUCUUUUUGGGCCUACCUCUGUUCCCCGGCUCUUCGGAAUACAAUCAAGUUUGUCGGAUCGUUGAGAUGCUAGGUAUCCCGCCAACAUGGAUGCUGGAGAUGGGCAAACAGUCGGGAGAAUUUUUCGAAAAGACACAGGACGAGUUUGGAAGAAAGACGUACCGCCUCAAGAGCCUGGAGCAGUAUUCCCGAGAACAUAACACGAAGGAACAACCAAGCAAGAAGUAUUUCUCGGCCUCAACACUGGAGGAGAUUAUCCGAAGUUACCCAAUGCCACGGAAGAACAUGAAACAAGCAGAGGUCGAUCGAGAACUGAACAAUCGGAUUGCUUUCAUCGACUUUGUGCGGGGACUCCUGUCAAUCAACCCUCUCGAGAGAUGGUCACCUCAACAAGCCAAGCUGCACCCGUUCAUCACCCAGCAGAAGUUCACUGGGCCAUUCAUGCCACCAAUGAAUCUCAAGUAUUCGACGGCCAAUAAGCCAGCUCCGGGGGUUCAACAGCAACAGCAGGCCGAAGCUGCUAGCAAACAAAGAGCAGCUCAGGCGGCGCAUGCGCAAAAUGCCUAUGCCGUGCAGAUGAACCAAUUCCAUACUCCACCUCAGCCUCCACCUCAAGCCCCGCCCAUGUACAAUGGCAUGUACCAACAAGGUGCACCGCCUCCUCCAUACCCUACCCAGCAGCCACCUGGCUACGGUCACCAAAUGGGAAUGAUGCCAGGCAACCAGGUACCCCCUCAAAGUCUCUACGCACAGGCGACUACGCGAGCAGGCCGUCAACGAGCAUCUACCAUGGAUCCCAACGGAGGAAUCCCAACUACCAUCCAACGAGUCGCUAGCCACCUGGAUCCGAACGCACCGAUUCGAUUGCAGCCCAGCCCUGCGUACUAUCCACCUCCUCCUGACGGGUACGUCGAUGCUAACGCCAGUCAACGGCGUCGUGGGAGCCGAGCGGGCAAUGGAAACGGGAACCAACGCAACCGGGAUUUCAUUCGCACUCUCGAAGACGGGGUGCUCAGCGAAGGAUACAUAGGCCAGAACCAGUGGCACUAG